AUGGCUGAGUCCGGUGACGCUCCGAAAGCGAGCCUUCCUGGACCUGACGCUCACUUUCCCCCCCCCCCCACGCUAGAGGAGCAGAACCGCGACGAGCUCCUGAAACUCUGUAAGCGACAAGUUUUGCUCCUCCAAAAGACCAAGGCGAAGCUCGACGAGCACAAAACCGAAUCUGCGGAAAAGGAGUCUCGGUUGUUGGCACAGCUGGACGAAUUAUCAGCACAAAAUGGUGUCCUUCAAUCUCAGAUCACAGAGGAGGGUCAGAUCCGCAACGAUCUCUCAAGAAAGAUGGAGGAAUUAGAAGCGCAAAAAGCUCAGCUAGAAGAGACCGUGCGUCAGGUGCAGGCCAACUCAGCAAACCUGAAUGAUUUCAACGAGACUACGAAUGAGUUGAACCUGCUCCGAGAAGAGAAACGGAAUCUUCUCGAAGAGUUAGAGUCUUUAGGGAACAUUAAAGAGAACGCCUUGGACCUCGAGAAACAAAUCGCUAAGCUGCUCGACGAAAAUGAGGAUCUGACUUCGCAUUUGAAAGAAGCAAAUGAGAAGUCCUCGAAUCUUGAAACAGAGCUCAAAAACCAUCAGGAUGAAUCUGAACGCAUCCUCAGCGAACUCCGCGAGGAAUUAAUGCAGUCUGAAUCGCGUAAUACAGAAAUGGAAGAAGAGAGGCAGUCGCUCCUCAAGACUCAACAUAGAAUGCUGUCUCGUAUCGAGACGCUCGAGAGCAACGAAAGAACUCUGACCGCCAAUCACGACAACGAUCAAGCUCACAUCUUCCAGCUGAGCGACAGUCUUGAGAGGAGUUCACAAGAAGAAACUAUAGCGAAGACUGAGCUCCAUAAAUUCAAAUCUCAGCUGAUGAAAACUGUCGCGCUGUUGGUCAAGGGAUUGAAGGUCAUCUACGAAUCACCCGUGAAUCAAGUCGAACGAUUCCUCUACCUCAGUUGUGACAUGACCGAGGAAAUACUACAGCUCAGUCCGCCGCAAGAUCCGGGCGAAGGUUUAGAAAAAUUCAGGGAGACCAUCAAGCCCAAGCUCCAAGGAUUCAUUCGAGGGGCUGAGUGUUCGCGAACGCUCGAACAGGAGAAGCAAAAGCUACUGUCCAGUCUCAGCGAAGCUACCGAACACGCCGAAACUCUCAAAGCUGCUUUGGACGUAGAGAAGCAGAAACGGUCGGAAACAGAACAAAAACAACUCGAAAUCGCUGAGGAAUGUCAGAUCCUGAAGUCAACGACAACGGCCCUGACCAAUCAACUUGAGGAGACUCAACUGAAGCUGGAACAAUUGAUGAGUUCUCCCGCAGAAGCUAAUUCCACCGACGAUGACAAGAAUUCCUGCGAUGAGGCCCGAACCGAGAGUCAAUUGCUUGCUCUCCGGGAGAGGGUAACGAGUUUGGAGUCCGAUCUGGAAAACGAGAGAUAUCUCCGCGAGGAGGCGCAACGCACCGUCAACUCACAUCAGGCUUCUUUGGAAAGUAUCGAGCAGAGUAUGAGUGAAAAGGAGACAGAGAACGCACGCUUGGGAGCUGAAGCGACAGAAUUGAGGUCUCAGUUGGAGAUUUUGAAGGAGUCACUGGUUCAAAAGACCGACUUGAUCGAAUCGCUCCACUCCACGAUCGAUGAUAUGGUUGAACAAACGAAUCGGAAUGUGUUUUCUCAUCCUGAUGACGGCUGUAGCGUCUCUUGCAAGCUCUUGAGAUUGUUCGAGCAGCUGGCUCAGGAUUCCGAGAAGCUUGCCGAUGUCGAACAAGAAAUGCAGCGGAUGAGGGCUUCUGAGGAUCCCAUGGAAACGUGGCUACGAAAAAGUCUCCAACAGCUCAUAACUCACAUCAAAGCAAUCGGUGAACGGAAUUCAACACCAGCAACUAGCCCGACCCCACUCGCUGCCGACACGCACGCCAACUCCGAUGCCGUCGCGAUGCUCAAGGAGAGGGACGAGAAAAUUGUGAAACUGAGAAAUCUCCUCGUCAAAAUGAAGAAAGAGCUGGUCGAAGUCAAAGCGAAACAACCCCUAAUGGCCAAUAAUAUACAAAGUCUUCAGAACGAGUAUGAUAAAGCCGUUGACAAAUUGGAGGCAGAGAAGAAUACCGGAAAAGAGUUGCAGAAGAAAAUCGCCCAAACGAUGGAAAGAGUUGCGGACAUGGAACUGCAGUUAUCCCAAGUGAACGAUGAGAAACGUCAGCUCCUCGUUGAGAUCGAAAGACUCCAGACUGGAAUACACUCAGCCGACGCAGUCAGGGCCGAAGCCGAGGCGCAAGUUCUCGUCGUUCAGAACGAGCUCGAGAAGAGUCGCCAGGAAGUGGACCGACUGCGAGACGAGUUGAGCCAACAUAUCCAGCAAACCACGACCCUGCAAGUCGAGGUUUCAGGGUUGCAGCAGCAGCUCGAAAAGCACCGAGACGCUGUCGACGAAGGACAAGAGCUGAUUGCUCGCAACAAGCAGUUGGAGAGCGAAGUGAAACUCGCGAAAGAAUCCUUCGAGAAACUAGUCAUUGAGAAAGCGCAGUGUGAAGUGAGGCUAAACGAGAUCUCGACGCGAGCUGCGGAUGCCGACGACUUGGCGAGAUUACGCGAGCGUCUCGAGAACGAAUUGGAAGACACCCACAACAAACUGGCCGAGGCCUUACGCCAAAUCGAGCUCCUUGAGGCGUCACUGACCACGACCGAGGAGCAGCUCCAGAGCAAGAACGAGGAUCUGAGUGAACUCCGCCUCCGAGAAUCGGAGAGAUGUCAACGAAUUCACGAGCUCCAAGAAUCACUGCAGACGCAGAAGGAUUCACAGUCACGGAUGGUACGCACAUUGGAAGGAAAGGCCAAUGCUCUCAAGAAAGACUACGACACCGCGGUACUCGAGCUGCAGGAGUCGAAGAAACAAUUCGAAGCCUAUAAGCUGAAAGUCCAUUCUAUGAUGAAAACGAAAAAAGAAGCCCCGGAAAAGAAGGCGGAGCUUAUCGACACGACUGAAAAUCAGGCCCUGAAGGCUGCGGUGAGUGAACUUACGCAGAAGCUCGAGACUUCGAAAUCAGACCUGGAAGCGGCUCUGCAGGAGAUAGUCAAGCUCCGGGAGGCCUGCGAAACUUCCCAAAAGGAUCUCAGAGCGCGUUACGAGCAGGACAAAAUUGCCUUAUCGGCUACGAUCGAAGAAGAGAAGAGAGCUUUGCGGCUGGAGCUCGAAUCCGCUCACAGAGCGGAAAUAGAUGCGAUGAUGAUUCGCCAGAAACAGGAAUUCGAGAGACGCGAGAUGGCGCACAGCAACCUUGUCGACAUUCUCGAAGAGAAACUCGUCGAGGCUCGAUCCAAGCUAGAGAACCUCCUAGAGGAGCGGAAGAGUCGAGAUGCAUCUCAUUCGCCUGUGAUAAGCAGCAACAGCUGCAAUAUCGUCAAUAAUAAUGAUGUAUUCCUCGACACGCCGGUACGCCAACCCGCGGAAGGAUCCGAGUCCACUGGAAACGCACCGAGUUUCAGGAGUCUGCCGUUCGAUGUGAUCCCGUCCUCGGGCUUCCAACCUCUUGACAAGCUACUGGAGCAUCAAGACUGCCCUUCCUUCGAGACCUUCGAGUCGAUAACUUCGAGACUCGAGGAGGCCAUGAAACGCAUCGAUCACUUCACCGAACUGCUCAACGAAAGCGAGGUGAACAAUCUGCGUUUGAGUGAGCAGGUUCGCGUCCUGAAGGAAGAAGUUCGCCGUCUGGAGCGGAACAAGGAACGUGAAGAGCAAUUCGGAAAUUUGGAGUAUUUGAAGAACGUGGUCCUCAAGUAUCUGACCAUGAAGUCAGAGAGGGAGAGACUCGUGCCAGUGCUCGUGACCAUGUUGAAGUUGAGCCCCGAUGAGAGGAGGGUUCUGCAAGAAGGAGAUCAAAGCUGGGGCUUACUCCCCAAAUUCCUCUAGUAGUGAUAUAUCACCGUAUAUAAUGCCUUCAUGUAAAUUACCAGCGUGGUUUCAGAAAGGAGAAAUAAAUUGUUAAUGAA